CAGGUCUCUCAGAUCAAGGAGAAAGUUGAGGAGAAGGAGGGCAUCCCGCCCGUCCAGCAAAGACUCAUCUACGGCGGAAAGCAAAUGGUCGACGACAAGUCUGCAUCCGAAUAUGGCCUCGAGGCUGGCGCCACAUUGCAUUUGGUUCUUGCCCUUCGCGGUGGUUACUAG